GUUCGCCUAGUUUAUACGUGGAAAUUGUGUCUAUGCAGUCUAACGUAAGAGCUGGAAGCUGCUUUUGAUUUAAAUUGCAUAAAAAAACGUUGUCAUAGGAACAAAGCACAUAUUAUUUUAAGAUUUGAAAGAUAAGUGGCUGUUUAUACGCACGCAGAUGAAAAUACAUUUGUGAUCCAUGUACUUUAAAAAAUAAAAUGGCAUGUCCUUUCAAUAAUCAAAGCAAUCUAAAUUGUGAAGAUGACAACGCUGUGUCGUAUUCAGAAUAUCUUCAGCUUGAUUCACUGUUAAGUGGUGUGAACACCAGAACAGAGGUACAUGACGAACACUUAUUUAUAAUUGUGCACCAAGUAUAUGAGCUGUGGUUUAAGCAGAUAAUUUUCGAGCUAGAUUCAGUUCGGAACUUAUUUCUAAAAGACUUUGUUGAUGAACGUCAUAUGUUGACAGUAAAUAGAAGAUUGGGUCGAGUUGUCAAGAUACUUGCUAUCUUGGUUGAUCAAGUAAAAAUUCUGGAAACAAUGACGCCUCUGGAUUUUGCAGAUUUUAGAACAGCUCUGACGUCAUCAUCUGGUUUUCAGAGCUGGCAGUUCAGAGUGCUUGAGAACAAGAUUGGAGUGAAAAAAGAAAAUCGAAUUAAUUACAACAACUCGAGCUACAUUGAGGUAUUCAAAGACGAACAACUAAAAAAGCUGGUCCUUCGUUCCGAAGAAGAACAAUCGAUCUUUGACGUCGUGGAAGCUUGGUUAGAGCGCACGCCUGGUUUAGUAAACGAGCAUUUCAACUUUUGGAAAGAAUUUACAACAAAUUGUAACCGCUGGUUUGAUGACCAAAAACAAAAAGCAGAGAAAGAAAUCAACCUAGGAAAAAAGGAAGCUAUGCUGUUAGAAACUCGGAAAAUACAGGAAGAUUUUGACAGUAUAUUAAUUAGAGAAAAUUAUGACAACUUGAGAAAAAAUGGCCAACGCCAUCUUUCAUGGAAGGCGUUACAAGGGGCGUUGAUGAUAUAUUACUAUCGUGACGAAGUUCUUUUUCAUGGACCGUUUCAAAUGUUGACAUUGCUUAUGGAUAUCGACUCUUUGAUUUCCAAAUGGAGAUCAAAUCACGUGUUGUUGGUUCAGCGUCAACUGGGUACAAAAACCGGUACAGGUGGUUCAUCCGGUUACCGUUAUCUUCGUGCCACAGUGAGUGAUCGAUACAAAGCCUUUUUGGAUUUAUUUUACCUUUCAAACUAUUUGAUACCACGAGAGUACAUUCCCAAGUUACACGAGAGAAAUGAAUAAUACGUCGAAGGGAAGAUAUUUUUGUAAAAGAAGAAUACUUGCCGUGUGUACAUUCAUUGAUAAAAAAUUGAAACUAAAGAAAACAA